CGGACACUUGCCGCAAAGCAUUAUGGGGCUUGGAGUAUUGUCUGCUGGUUUCCAAGGCGAUGUGAUUUCAACAAACUACACCUCCUUGCCCUCGGUGUCGUGUCGAAACAAAAACACCUUGUCAGAUAUGAGUCAGUUUUUGGGUCGUCAGGACUGUAUCGAAAGCAUCCGAAAAGACGUCGUUGACCUUCAAGGGGCGAUUCUGGAUGUCUUUUCUAGAACUGGACCGGUCCGCUUUUCCUCAUGGAAGUUCCCCGAUAAACUCUCGUGUAAUCUGGACAUGGUAGCUCUGCUGGAGCAAUAUGACUUUGUGGAUGGCGAGGAUGAAUUCAAUCAACAUUCCCACAUCGUGUUAUUGGAGCUGGUGAUUGACAGGUAAUACAUGUAUCAAAUGAACACCUUUUUACAAUAGUUGUUGUUGUUGUUGAAUAUUUAUCCU